UGGGAAAGAGUCGUUGAAGCUCGUUUAAAGAGAGGUGACUAGCAGUGAGCAGUGAGAGUGUUGACGGAGAAGUAGGAAGGUCAGAGUUACCUGCACUGUGUGUUUGUGUAUUUGAAGAAGAUGAUUGGUUGCCAGGAGAGGAACUGUGGUACUGUUUGAGAAGGCGGUCAGGAGGGACCCUGGUUAAAGACAUGUAUGAGGACAGCAAGACGGUAAUGAGUUUCUGUUACGAGCCCACAACCAGAGAGUGGGGAGGGGCGGGACUAACCGACGCCAGCGAGCGCGCUGAUUGGUCAGCUGAAGUUGUCAUCAGAGAUUCCGGAUGUCGGCUUCGACACUGGGAUGGUAUCAUGGAAACAGCCAAUCAUCAAGAAGGAGAGGCGGCGGCAGUGAAGAUUGGUGAUAGCCCUUUAGAGAGUAAUCAACCUGCUGACUCAUUGGCAGCCUCCUUCUCCCUUUUGGAGAAUCACAUGUUUCCUGAUUCAGUAGAGAGUAAUGGGAGCGCCGCUGUUAGCAGAAUUGAGCCUUUGAAUUCGCACCCACCAGAUGUUUCGGCAGAGCAUCUCGGUUUGGAUGAGAAGCCUCCUUCUGACCAAGUGAUGAAGCUAGAGCCCGAAGAGACAGAAACCGAGUGCCAAAACAACGCGUCCACGCAGCCAACUGAUGGAACAACUGAAGAUGAUGCCACUGACAAUGACCAGAACGACUCUGGGGAAUUUGUUGUAACAAUGCUGGCCAAGGCCAAGCUUGAAGAACAAGGUAUAGGUGUGAAGGGGAGGUCAUCCCCGCUGUUGGAGGCAGGCACACUGGAAUCGUCGUCAUUUACAUCUCAUCGCGAUGAGGAUGUUACAGCUGACAGCUGGCGGCAGCACAGGAAACAUGUUUUUGUGCUAAGCGAAGCCGGUAAGCCCAUUUAUUCCCGGUAUGGCAGCGAAGAGGCUCUUUCAUCAACAAUGGGAGUGAUGAUGGCGCUGGUGUCUUUUGUCCAAAGUGGAGAUAAUAUCAUUCGCUCAGUCUACUCAGACGAGCACACCGUAGUGUUCCUGCAGAAAGGGCCCCUCGUUCUGGUGUGCGUCUCCAGCAGUCAUCAGUCUGAGCAGCAGCUGCGGGGAGAGCUCCUCUAUGUCUACUAUCAGAUCAUCAGCAUGCUCACCCAGGCCAGUAUAUCCCGCAUCUUUGAACACAAGAAAAACUACGACCUGAGGAGACUCCUAGCGGGCUCAGAAAAGAUCCUGGAUGGUCUCCUCAACUUGGUGGAUUCUGACCCCAGCUUCCUGCUAUCGGCAGUGCACUGCUUGCCUCUAGCCUCCUCUCUCAGGGACUCUCUCAGCCAGAUCCUGCAGAAAGCUAUCACACCCAAUCUGGUUUUCUCCAUCCUCAUCGCCAAGAACCAGCUUCUAACCAUCGUCCAAGAAAAGACCGUCAUUGAGGACUCGCGGCUGGAGCCUGCUGACGUUCACCUUCUGCUUAACCUCAUUGGAGCGUCCUCUGCCUUUCAGGCUGGCGAGAUCUGGACCCCCAUUUGCCUCCCGCUCUUUAAUCCUGACUGUUACUUUUAUGCAUACAUUUCUUACCUGGACCCUCCAGAAUGCACUGUUUGUUUGCUGCUGCUCUCGACAGACAAAGAGGCUUUUUACUCUGUAGCUGAGUGCAAGAGAAAGAUAGAGGAGGCUAUGAUGGCUCAGAACUCCCUGAGCCUCAUUGCCAAAGCUCAGACGUACAGUGUGAGCCAGGUGGGCGUCUCAGACCUCAGACACUUCAUGUACAAGCCCUUUGAUGUGCCAGACAACUACCGCCAGCUCACUCAGUUCACCAGCCCAGAGAUGGAGGCACCAUACAGCAGUGAAGAGGAGAAAAUGAGACUGCUGGAUCUUUAUCGUUAUAUGCACGGCCGCAUCCACAGCACCUCACGACCCCUUAAGCUUAUCUACCAUGUUGCUGAGAGAGAAACUCUGCUAGCCUGGGUCACAAGUAAAUUUGAGCUGUACACCUGCUUCAGCCCCCUGGUGACAAAGGCCUGUGCCAUUACUGCUAUCACUAAGCUUCUAAGAUGGAUUAAAAAGGAGGAGGACCGUCUGUUCAUCAGAUACCCCCCAAAGUAUUCAACCACUCCAAACCCCAGCAAAAGCUCUCGAGGAGGCAAAUCUGACCAGCAAGACUCCACAGAUAAUGGCUUCUUAUCUCUUCUAUAGGACUCUGUUAGCACUAAUAGAAGUGGCUCUGCCUCAUCCAAAAAUAGUUUGUACACUGGUUUCAAGAUAUUUUUCAACCCUCUUGACACUCAUGAGACCGACAAACUUUGACCACUGGAAUCCAACACUACGUUUUACACUAUUUAAGGAGGACUGGUGUCUUUGAAACCGGUGUUAUUAGUUCUCCAGGAAGCAUGUCAUCACAUUGCUGCUUUUGAGCAGAAACAGGGCAGAAGCACAUUAGUAGAUUUUAAAAUGAACUGUGGCAGAACAUAUUUGCAAUGGUGUAUUUAAGCUUUUUUAUAUUGUUUUAUUACAGCAACAACAUGAACAGUGAAUGGAACAUAUGUUACAUAUUUAAUGAGUUAGCAUGAGGAGGAAAAAUUAAGUUAAACUACCUUUGGCAGAUAAGAUAAGAUAAUCUUUAUCUCCUCGCCCUAAUCACGAAAAUUAUGUUGCAUAACAUAAUGUCACAAAACAGGAUAUACAAGUUGUUAGCGUGUGUGCUUUUUGGGAUCAGCAUAAACUGGAAUAAGAACUGGAACUGCCAGAGGAGGGAGAGGCCCGGCGUGAGUCACACGAGGCCACAAGCAGAAUGUUUUUCCUUCUUCACAGAAUUUGAAAACAUGUCGUUUCUUAUCUUGCUGAUGUUUAGACUCAAAACAAGACUUUGAGUUUUAUUGAUGUUUCAUUUUGUGCAGCAGAUUAGUAGGAACCCCAGCCUGAUUAUUGUCACUGUUAAGUGUUUCCAUUGAAACAAGGCAGACCUUAUCAGUUUCUUGAUAAGGUGGGAAGAUGCCAAUGAGCUCACAUGUUUUGCUCUGCAGAUACCUUUAGUAUGACAUCUAAUGUAGUGAGUUCAGGUAUUCUUUUUGCAUAAUAGUUUUCUAAAGGUGAUCUGAAAAGUUGUUUCAUCCUUGUGUCCAAUGAGGAAUUUCCUGUCAAGUCUUAAGAGUUUGUCUGUAGUGUUACAAAAUAAAUCCCAGGAUGCAUAAAA